GCCACCAUGUCGGUGCUGCCUCUGGCCGUUCUCCUGCUUUUCAGAGGGUCUACUGUCUCUGCCGCAGCCGACUGUGAAGUGUGUGUGAGCUUCCUCCACAGACUGUAUGUAAGCUUGAACUCAGCCCACACGGAACUCAUCCCAGCCCUGGUGGAGGAGGAGCUGCUCCGGGCCUGCUCCGUCGCCCAGGGGAAGGAGGCGAGGCUGUGUUACUACCUCGGAGCGAGUAGUGAUGCAGCAACACGUGUCACAUCAUCAGUGUCCCGACCUCUGGCCUCUCACGUCCCCGUCGAGAAGAUCUGUCAACGCAUGAGCAGCAGAGACACACAGAUCUGUCAGCUCAGAUACGAGUCUCAGCUGAAGGAUCUGAGCAGUGAUGGGCUGAAGAAGCUGAGAGUUUUGGAGCUGAGGAACAUUUUAGCCUCAUGGGGGGAGGAAUGUCGAGGCUGCCUGGAGAAACACGAGUUUGUCAGCCUCAUCCAGGAGAAGGCACCACUGCACGCUCACUCUGUGGAACUAUGAUUCACGAUUAUGUCUCUUUUCCACCCACACAGUAAAACGGGCUCCAACUUGUAUAUUCUUAAGUAUCAGACACAGAAUUGAUCUGGUUAUAACAAAACAAAUUCAAAUUGAGGAAUUUGCCCUCUUAGUUUGUACAUGAUUGUGAAAAUAAACUGCCACUCAACUUUCCAGUGGCCAUCUUGUUUCUCAGGCGUCUAACUAUAAACACCCAAUCUAUUCCAUAGACCACAUUCAAAUGGCGGCCAUUCCCCUCUGACGAAAGCUGUGUCUCAAUUCAGGGGCUGCAUCCUUCGGAGGGUGCGGUCUACCCGGCCCACAAAGGCCGUCUCCUUCAUGGGCCAGAUAGACUGCAAAUAAAACCAAAACUGAAAUGAGACAGAUUUCAGUUUUCAGUGAUUUCAGGUUUCAGUGGUUGGUGUUACCAGCUCGUCCCACCUUUAUAUCAUGUCCCUGAAGGCCCCUCAUAAGAAACCCCCCUAACCCUCAUGUUUUUUGAAUGUGUACUGUUAGCUGUUCAGUUGAGUUAAAGCAUUAUACAUGCAUCAGGUGUCUUGUCGCUUGCUGGUACCAAAAAAAUGGUUUGUCACUGAAGUGCAAUGAAUCCUGGGAGCCUUCGUCCGAUGGAGGGACACAUUUGUCUGCUGCAUUUGUUGGAGCCUUUGAAAUGAGGGUUAGGGUCUAUCCACACCACUUCUUCUAGACAGCUAUUACUUUGCUAGUUUGAUUAUAUCCAGUACAGCCAGAUUAAAGAUACCGGGUUUGCACAGGUAUUGGCCCAUUGUGCCAAAGGACACUGGCCCAAGCCCCUUCUGUGGAUCUGGCCCAGAGGAAAUGUUUGUCUCCGAUAUGGUUUUUAAAGUAUACAAUAUUAGCCCUGAACCUAAGAACCUAAGGGGCAGCUGAGUGUUCUUGGUCGAGAUAAUGAGCCCAGAAUUGCCCCUAACGUCUCUGCUGUCAAUCUAUGAAUGGUGUGUGAUAGAAAAGGCUCUGGAUAUAGAAUAUGAAUGUGUUUUUUUGUUCCAUAUAAAUUCUUACUUGUAACAUGUUUACAUUUGUUAAAUAGUGUGUGCAUGUCAAUGAACCACAAUAUGCGGCCAAAAGUCCUUUAAGCUCAUAG